AUGUCCAAGAUCGGAGUCUUCCCCGCCGCCGGAGGCCUAGGCGGAAGCAUCGCCAACCACCUCUCAAAGCUAGUCCCAGCGUCGCAGCUGAUUCUGAUUGCGCGCAAACCUGAAAACCUCACCGAAUAUGAAAAGCUCGGCGCAACGAUCCGAAAAGCGGAUUAUGACUCACCCGAGACUCUCAAAGAUGCAUUCAAAGGAGUGGACACCCUCAUGCUGAUUUCAUAUGCAUCCUUCGAAAUCGAGCAUAGGAUCAAGGUCCACCGCCUCGCCAUCGACGCCGCGAUCGUUAGCGGUGUGAACCAUAUCUUUUACUCGUCGCUAGCAUUUGCCGGGUUGACAGAUACCAGCGUCGCGCACGUCAUGGGCGCACAUCUUCAAACCGAGGCCUAUUUAUCCUCACUUACUGACAAGAUAAGCUUCACGGUUGUUCGCGAGGGUAUAUACUCCGAAUCAUACCCAAUCUAUACAUCGUGGUUUGACCCCUCCUCGCCGAACAACGAAAUUACAAUCCCGCACAAUGGAUCCGGUCCAGGUGUCGCGUGGGUAAAACGCGACGAGCUUGGCGAAGCCACCGCGCGACUGAUCACUUCCUACGUCAAAAACCCGGCACAAUUUAAGUAUAGGAAUGAGAAGCUUCUUUUGACAGGACAGAAGGAGUAUUCACUUGCCGAAACCGUGGCGAUUCUGGGGAGGGUUCUAGGACGGGAUUUGAGUAUCAGAGAGAUUUCGAUUGAUGAUUAUGUGAAAUUAGAGCAUGGAGGGUUGCAUACUUAUCAUGGGGUUGAUCUUUCGAGGGAGUGGGCUACUGCGUGGGAGGCGAUUAGGAGAGGUGAAACUGCUGCUAUUACGGAGGAUAUUAAGGAGAUUCUUGAGAGGGAGCCGGAGGAAUAUGAGGUUACGAUUAGGAAGUUGAUUGGAUGA